AUGCAAGUAGCUAGUAGUGCCGAAUUCGCUCGGUUACCCACGAAUGGUCUACGACGACCUUGGCUUACUGAUUCUGGUCAUCAUCGAAAUGAUUUAUUAAAAAGAUGGUUUGAAAAAAGACCAACUGUUAGUGCAGCCGAUGCUCGUUCGAAAGCGUCACCAUUCGAUGCUUUAAAAGCAAGUCAUCAAUUUAAAGGAUGUAUUGAUCCAUCGGAACCAUUUCAAUGUCCACAGAGUGAACGAUGUAUUGCUUUACAAUUUAUUUGCGAUGGUCAUGCAGGUGAUUGUCCUGGUAAUCUCGAUGAAAAUGAAGAAACGUGUAUUGCAUUUAAACGACCAGCAAAAGACAAUAUUGAAAAUUUUUUUGAUGCUGAACAUGUAUUACAUGGUUCACAAUUAUUUACGUUUUUAUUUGGCGAAAAAUUUUCAAAUACUAUUGAAAAUAAUAAAUCAUUUUGGUUAGAUGCAUUAGCAUCAGCAUUUUCAGUGGCAAAAAAUCUUAAGAGUUUUGCUACAAAAUUACAAAUGUCACCUGAGGAUGUUGCACAUUUUCGAAAUGUUGUUGAAAAAAUUCAUGAUGGACGAUUAGAAGAAAUUCCUGUAUUUGCACAAGAAGCUGUGAAUCAAGGUCUUGCAUCGUUAAUUGAAAAACUUUAUGACUCUGGAUUUAUGGAAGAAUAA